GGCGGCGCAGGAGGGGGCGGGUUCGGCAAGGGCGCGGCCUCUGCGAGGGGAGCGCGAGACGCGCAUCCCCCGCGCUCGCCGGGGCCACUCGGGAGCCUCGCGGCAAUCCGGUGCCCCACUUGGCAAUCCGCUCCGCGCUCCUUCCUCGCGCCCGCCUCCUCUUGUCACCUCCCGUCUCAGCCUCCUCGCUCCAUUCCGGCCGCAUCCACCGCCAUCCGAGUGCCUCAAAGAGCGAGAGGUGGUGCGCGGGACCGCAGGGCGCGCCCUCCGGCAGACCCCGGCCCGGCCUUGGGGGGCACGGGCGGCAGCAUGGACACCAAGCGCUGCUUCGCCAACCGCUUCGAUGACUACCAGGGCAGCCUGCUGGCGGGCCAGUGCGAGGAGGCGGUGGCGCCCUUGGUCACCGCCACCAUCGAGCGCAUCCUCCAGGAGCUGCCCCCGCUGGGGGGCGGCGCUGAGGGCCGGGGGGCGGCGGCCGCAGCCAGCAGUUGCCAGGGAGGGCUGUACGGCGGCGUGGCCGGGGUGGCCUACAUGCUCUACCACGUCUCUCAGAGCCCGCUCUUCGCCGGGGCCCGGGAGCGCUACCUGCGCUCGGCCAAGCGCCUCAUCGACGCGUGCGCCCGCGCCGAGGAGUGGGGCGAGCCGGACGCCGACACCCGCGCCGCCUUCCUGCUCGGGGGCGCGGGCGUGUACGCCGUGGCCACGCUCGUGUACCACGCCCUGGGCCGGUCCGACUACGUGCAGCCGCUGGGCAAGUUCCGGUCUCUGUGCGCCGUCUGCGCGCCCGUUUCCUUCCUCGAGUGCGGCUCCGACGAGCUGUUCGUGGGCCGCGCGGGCUACCUGUGCGCCGCGCUCGUGCUCAAGCAGAAACUCGCCCAAGAGGUGCUGACCCCAGCACAGAUCAAAUCAAUUUGCCAGGCGAUCCUGGACUCCGGGAAGCAAUAUGCCAUGAAAAAGAGGAAACCAUUCCCACUGAUGUAUUCUUACUAUGGAACCGAAUACUUGGGAGCAGCUCAUGGCCUGUCGUCCAUCCUCCAGAUGCUUCUUUCGUACCAUGAGCACCUUAAGCCCUCAGAUCAGGAGCUGGUGUGGCAGAGCGUGGACUUCCUUAUGGAGCAGGAACAGAACUGCAACUGGCCACCUGAGCUCGGCGAGGCCAUUGAGAGGGAGAACGAGCUGGUGCACUGGUGCCACGGCGCCCCAGGAAUUGCCUAUCUGUUUGCAAAAGCUUAUCUGGUUUCCAAGAAACCACAGUACCUGGACACAUGUAUCCGGUGUGGGGAACUGACGUGGCAGAAGGGCCUGCUAAAGAAGGGGCCAGGGAUUUGCCACGGGGUAGCUGGCAGUGCCUAUGUCUUCCUGCUGCUAUACCGGCUCACGGGAAACUCUAAAUACAUCUACCGAGCCCAAAGGUUUGCUGAAUUUUUAUUUACCGAGGAAUUCAAGGCUGGUUCCCGGGUCCUUGAAAGUAUAUACAGCUUGUAUGAAGGCUUCUCCGGGACGGUGUGCUUUCUGACUGAUCUGCUGCAGCCCAACCAGGCUGAGUUCCCUCUCUUCAGCGUCUUUGUUUAGAAGGCUCUGUGUCCCACCGUGGCCCUGCAGAAGGUUCCUGAGAUUUCCUGAGCCUACUACCUGAGGCAGUUUCCACAUAAGCCACAUUCAAUGGUAUCACAACCAUGAGCCGUAACAUGGCUGUCGGAAGGAAGGGAGGGAGCAAGCAGGUGAAGGCAGCAUGAUACCUGAUUGAAGGGAGAACGGUGUGAGAACCUGCAGACAUAAAGACACUACAACUCUUCUAAAACCCCUGGAGAUGGAACAGUUGAGGGAAUAGAUGUGAGACCAGAGAUCCGAGGAAAAAGGGAAAGAGAAAUCAUCUGUCUUUCACUUGCGGGACAGAAAACAAAAUUGAAAUGUGGACUAUGGCAAUGAAAUGCCAAAAAUACCUUUGCAAUUGGAGAGAGAAUUUGACCGUUUGUGGGUGCCCUCCACCCCUAAAUUCAGAAAUAAAGACGAUCAGAAAACUAAAGUAAUUGCCCAGCUAAAACUGCUAGGAGGGGCGUGUCAGGUUGCCGAAGGACAAAAAGGGAAACUCUUGGUUGUCCUUUGCCUUUACUUAUUGAAAUUCAUGAUUUUUAAUGAAUGGAGAAAUUUGCAUAUGAAUCUCUAUUUUUUAGCAUUACCCUGGGCACUUUAAAGAGAUCAUAUCAUAACUUAGUUUAAACCCCCAAAUUCCAAGUUCCCUUAGGUCUUAGAGCGUCUCUCUUCCUGGGUUCCUUUUUCUUUCCGAAAGCUCAAUUAGAAUAGCAAAAUUCACAGGCUAGCAAAUACUGUAGCAAGUGUUAUACUGUCAAGUGUUUUUCUCAAUUUGAAGCAUAAGCUGUGUACUGUCUAUUGUUAGUAAUUUUUUAAAUGCUUAUGUAAUCCCUAUGAAGCUAUUAGCUGAACUGUAAAAUAUACUCGUGGAAAAAAUCACUCAUCUCAAAGAUCAGGGUAACCACUACGAAGGUGGGUCAUUUCCGCCUUGGAUGGAAUACUGUGUCCCCUGGGACAGGCACCCAGUGGCCUAGAAAGGGACCAGUGAUUAUGAAAAGAACACUGCUCAAUUUUAUACUGUAAGAUUAAGAGAUGCGUGAACUGGGCUU